GGAGGAAAGAGAACCGACCAGCCAUGUCCGCCAAGGUUGUUGCUUUUGCCGCUGUUAUUGCCCAGGCCGCCGCUUUUGCGCCAACCCUCUCCACCUUCAAGCCGGCUGCCCGCCAGGCAUCCACCGGCUUGUCCAUGGCCAUGGACAGGUCCAACACUGCUCCCAUCGUCCAGAUCUUCGACCACCGUGGAUGCAGCCGUGUUGCCAAGGAGUACACUGGCAAGAAGUGCAACGGGGCUGAGGACGAGAUGCUCGUCAAGGUCCAGUCCAAGGUGAUCCCUGCCCCUGAGGCCCUCGCCGCCUCUGUCCUCCAGGUCACCGUCGGAAACCUCAAGCGCAAGUAAGCGAGUCGGGUCUUAGCACUUUGAUCUGAGCAGUGAAGUUUGAAACUCCACAAGAA